AUGAGAUUCACGGUAACCAGCGUUCCCAUCCUUUUCCUCUGGUGUCUGAGCUUUACCGGGGCAUCCGGUACGACCGAAGUCUCGUGCGGCGAUCGUUUGACGUCGCCUAGGGGAGUGAUCCAAACACCGAAUUUCCCCGCGUCGUUUCCGGUCCCGAUAAAGUGUCGUUGGGUAAUCGACGUGUCCGACAUAACGGCCACCAACGGUUCCAUCGUCGUCUACCUGACCCAGGUCUACGUGUACAAGGGUCUUAGUUUCACCGAGUACGCGUACUACGAGUCGGAGAGCAUGAACUUCGGCGAGUCGCUGAUCAAGGAGAUCACCGAGGGGAACGUCUUCGAGUUCAGAUGGUUCCGAACGUUUCGACCGUUUCUCGUCGUGGAAUUCGAGCUCGAUCGACUCGAGGGAAAUCACGUACGCGUGCUAAACGAUCUUCUCGACGUGUACGGGUUCAACGUCACGUAUCAGAUGACCGAGGAUCAACCGAAUUACGAUUCCUGUUCGGUCCAGCAUUGUUCCUUCACCGGGCACUGUCUCGUCUCCGCCGACUAUACUAACUUUCGGUGCGACUGUUUCGAGGGUUUCAGCGGAAAGAACUGCAACGAGGGACCCCUCUGUUUCGACGAUAGACGGGAGCCAGUUUGCCAAAAUGGAGGGACCUGCAGGCAAAUCGGAGCGGAAGCGAUGAAUUGUCAUUGCCCGGACGGUUACGUCGGUCAUCGGUGCGAGAUUCGUCUGCUGGACACCAUGGACGCUGAAUGCGGAACGGAGAAUUGCAUAAUGCAGUGCCCUUUGGACGACGGGGUGCCACCGUGCACCUGCAGAAACGGCACCAGGAUCUACAACAAUCGGUCGCGUUACGAGUGCAGAAUUAAACUGUCGAAUGUGACGUCGCUGAGGACCGGCUCGGUAACGCAACAGGGGAGCCUGGAGUCUUAUGUCGGCAAACAGCUUGCGAAAUACCUACGGAGCUCCAAUAUCUCGUCUAUGGAGGAUUUACAAAUCCUGAGCGUGACGCCCACGUCCGAGAUCACAUUCCAUUUUUUCGGGAAUUCGGAGGACGGCGACAAAAUCCGAGAGUCCCUUAACAGGCUGGUACAGCGCCGACGGCUUAGCGAGAUCUCCCUUGAGUCGACUCACUUCACUUUUCAGCAAAAGCCAGCUCUUAGAUUGCAGAGUCUCCGCCUCAAUCGGGUGAACGAACACGAAGUUCAUCUCGGGGAUCAGUUAAUUCUUUCUUGCGUGGCCCAAGGCAGUUACAGCAUCAACUUCACCUGGUACAAGGACAACAUGCUAGUGAACAUAAGCAAGGCUACCAGAGAGAUCGGAUAUAAGCAUCUUCCAAAUGACGCAUCGGACCUGCACACGUACUUAUUGACGAUCGAGAAGACGACCUUGCUCGAUGCCGGUCAAUACACUUGUCAGGUAGCUGACUGGGGUGUACAGCAAUGUAAAAGCAUGUACGUUGACGUGAAGGACGAGCCCGACGUAAAAGUGAUGCCUAUGAGCGCCACUAUAGACAAGGGGGGUAGCACACAAUUGACGUGCAUGACACCCAAUAUGCCUAAUAUUGGUAUAGGGUUCGGUUGGACGAAGAACAAGGCUUUGCUCAAGCUGGAACCCGGAAGUGAGGUGUGGGAGGAUCUUUAUCCCACUGGAAGUAUAUUGACGAUCACAAAUUCGCAGAAAUCUGCCAUAUAUACUUGCAACGUGGCUGAUAAGUCAAUGUCUGUCAGAGUUGAAAUAGUUAACAGAAGCCACAUACCAAUUUGCCUGAGAGGCAAAUCGUGGGAUUUAACUUGGCCCGAUACAGCACCUGGAUCGGAAGCAUUGCUCGAGUGUCCUCAGCACUUUAUAGGCAAAAAGGUGUCCAGACUGUGUUCCAUGAAGGAUGCCACUACACCCGAAUGGCAGACUCCGGAUUUCUCUUAUUGUCUGUACGAACCGUUCACCUCUCAUUAUGAUAAGUUUAAAAGCCUCACAUUAGGCUAUCAGAACACCACCGGGUCAGAGACAAUAUUCUCUUUUUGGGAAAUCCUGCGAUCACGUGGAUUGCCCCUGUAUCCUGGCGAGGGGGAUCGCAUAUUGGGCAUGCUAGCGGAAAUCGAACGUUAUCAGUAUUAUGUCGAUCCAUUAGACUUACACGCCUCAACAGAGGCCCUGAUACGUAUUAUCAGCCGAAUACUCAACGAUGAAAAUUCCAUCCUGAAUCAACAGAAAGUAUUGCUGCUGUUGCAAAUUACGCAACGAAGUUUGACGCACUGGUGUAGGAUGGCACGUGAGCCUUACAAACAUAUGUCCCUAACUUCUUUGGUGGUAGACAUCCGAGGAUUACAACAACACAAUGGUGACAGUAUCACGCACUCCCUUCAGACCCCUCUGGACGAUUCCAUGUAUCCCAGUUGGUACGACGAUACGGUGGCUGUAAGGUUGUGGAGAAAGAGACAACGGGGCCUGAAGCUGAACGGCACUCUUAAUGGAAUUGUGGUAGUUUACAAAAAUGUGUCCCACUUCCUUCCAACUGCAUAUGUCAAGGAACUCGACGAUGGUACCGACCUCGAGUUCCGUAUCAACUCCCGUGUCAUUAUGAUAGCAGUGCCAGCCUUCAGUCUGGACAAGCAUAACAAAAUAUGGGUAGACUUACAGAUGAGACACAUCCAAAACCAAUCCAGUUCUUGGAACAUGUCUUGUGGUUUCAUGGACAACACAGGCAGCUGGGAUCUGAAUAGCUGCAUAGCCAAUACUGCACCAGGGGAUGUUACCACUCACUGUUUAUGUCCUAACACAGGGACUUUUGCAGUUUUUCUAACGGCUCGUGCAGUGAGAGUGGUACUAGCGAAGAAAGAGCAAACCACAUUCAUCGUAAUAUUCGGAUGCGGUAGCUGUUUAGUCCAGUGUUUUCUGUCUUCCUUAAUUCUUGGAACUUUCUGGUGGAAGAACCGCAGUUGGCUGAACUUCCUGAAGCUUCAGUACUGUUGCGCUUUAUUUGGGGCAAUGGCUGUCUUCAUUUAUGCUGUACACAACAAUCUCCCUGAGAGCUCCUACGCUAUUGUAGCAAUAUCAUUAGAAGCUUUCCUUCUCGUUGGUAUGUCUGCACCCAUAUCUGAAGCAUUGAUCAUCUAUGCUGGCUUGACACAAGUCCGAUCUGGUCAACACUUUCAGCCGACCGUCAUUGCAGUAAUUACCGGUGUCCCUAUCUUAGCUGUUCUGACCACUGAACUCACACGCAAGAGUACUGGCUGGAGACACGAGUCCUGGUGGCUGAUUUUCGGCAGUGGAGUUUACAAUAUAUUCGUGACUUGCGCUACUAUGAUGUUUUUUAUAUUUGCUGUAUUAUAUUUAGGUAUUUUACAUAAAGCGCAUACACUAGUUGAUGAGAAUGUGAUGAAGAAAGAGGCAAUAGAAGCAAGACUACGAAUGCUUCACCGAGCGGCUAUCGUUAUUUGCGGUGUAAUUGCGAUGGAAGCAUCCUCCAUUUUCUAUAUAAACUCCACCUCCAUUAUUUUCCAUUAUGUGUUUGCAUCCCUUUCAUCUGUUCUGGGAUUCGUCAUAAUAAUGGUCUACAUCGUGAACGGUGAAUUGGCAAUUGUUGAUUUGAUCUUGAGGAAACUGAGAUGGAAAGAGGCAACAGAGGAGGAGAUAACGUCUGAGCCAAUUAAAGUUUGCUCAAAGAGUGGUGCAGAGGUAGACAACGAUACAGCACCACCUCUGUCAUCCUUAAGCUUGGGAGAGUCCUACAUGGAAGCUCGUGGGAUCGCAGCUGGUAGUAUAGACAUGCGCGAGUUCGUGAACGAGUCCACGUCUUCGUACUCGAAACCUUCCGUCCCCGUUGCUAGCAGAUUCUUGCCGGAAAUACGCAUCGAUCAUUCCGACGACAUAAAUCUGGAAAAUUACAACACGAGCCCGCGGAAGUACCAAGAGACAAUCUCAUUUGACGCCAUGUUUUCUUCACGGACGACCCAUUGCGCGAAUGAACCGUACAGUAACAACGAAUGCUGCAGUUUCCGUGAAUACGGCAAGUAUCGCGAGCCACCAGGACAACAGAUUUUUAUACCGCACAAUCCAACCCCGGAUAGCUCGGCGAAAGUUUUGUGCAGCGCCGAUGUCGAAUCACGUUUGACCGGUAUGCCGGAUGUCACUCUGGCCAUUAAAAGUGAAGCCGAAUUGUCCACAGCGGAAUUGAAGACCAGAGAACAUGUGAAUGUUAUUCCUGAUAUAGCAAAUACCACCGAACGCAAACAACCUGACGGAGAAGAAAAAGCACCGGAGAUCGUGAUACCGCACGCACUCAACAGACAGUACUUAAAACUUUCAUCUGAUGUAUCAUUUGAUAUGUUCGGUGAUCUAGUUAAGUAA